AUAUAAAAAUGUUAAACGUUAAAAAAAGUUUCACAAUAUGUUUUUUGAUUAAUUUCAUAAUUUACGUUUGACGAAUCUUAAAGCAAUUUAUAAUAAAAUACAAUUUGUUACGUAUUUAGUAUUGAAUUAUUUAAAGGUUUAGUUUUAUUUUUUAACUAUCACUAAAUUUUAUACCGGAAUGGAAAAUAAUGGUAUUCAAAUAGAAACGCCAAUUUCACUUGGAAGAAUUGAAAAUAAUGUACCUAAUGAAUUGGAUACUUUAAAAAAUGGUGAUAACUAUUCUUCUGUACCUAUGCAUCCAAAAAAUAUAAGGUGGUUUUAUAAAAAUGAUUCAAAUUCCAAAAGAUGGACUAAAUUUGAUGGUGCAGAUUCAUUAGGCAUUGAAAAUAGAUAUAGAGCAAAUUUCUGUGAUGAAGAACCUAAAGUACAAUUUUUUGUUGGUAAAUACACUGUAGUAGUUAGAGGAGGACUUUAUGAAGCAGAUCUGCGAACAAUGAAAUGUACAUCAAUAUUUUGGCCUGGAGAAGAAACAGAAAUUUUAAGAGGUUCGUGGUUUUAUGAUGAUUAUCAACCUCAUGAACAUGGCAAUGAGAUAGAAAAUAUACACAUAAAAUUAUUGAAAAAUAAACACAUAUUUGAAAAUAAUGAUGAUGCAAAAAAAACAGUCAUUCAUACUGAAGAGUUUGUUGAUGCAAAUGUAGUUUGGUAUUCUGCAGAUGAUAUAUAUUCGUUUAGCAAAAAAACACAUACAAAAAUUAUGAGAAGUGUUACACAAAAAUUAGGAUCAUACUUCCAAAAAUCUACAGGAGCCAAGUUAAAUAGAUCAUACAAAACAGAAGCCACAGAUGAUGAUAAAUUAAAUGAUAUAACUCAUUUAAUAUUUAUGGUUCAUGGCAUUGGCCAUAAAACAGAUAACAUGAAAAUUAUCAAAAAUACUUCACAAUUUAGAGAUUGUGUCAAGUGGAUUAAGCAAAAGUAUUUCCAAGGAUCUCAACAAAGAGCAGAAUUUUUUCCAGUUGACUGGCGAUCAACCUGUAACUUUGAUGGAGGUCUUGUUGAAAAAAUUACACCUCUAAAUUUAAAAAAUAUACGUCAACUGCUUAACUCAUCUGCCAUGGAUAUUAUGUAUUACACUUCACCAAUUUAUGGGCAAGAAAUUCAAAAUAGUUUAGCUCAAGAACUUAAUAGAUUACAUUCUAAAUUUAUGGAACGACAUCCACAACAUGAUAUAAAAGUUUCAAUAAUGGCUCAUUCUUUAGGUAGUGUUAUUACAUAUGAUAUCAUAACUGGUUGGGAACCAUUUACAUUAAAAAGAAACUAUCAUAGUCCUAAAAUUCAUUUAAAUUUUGAACUUGAAAAUUUAUUUUGUAUUGGAUCACCAUUAUCAGUGUUUUUAGCCUUACGAAAAACCAAAGAUUUUCAAGAUAAUGAUGUAUUUCCAUUAUGGCUGGCAAAGCGUGUGUAUAAUAUUUAUCAUCCUACUGAUCCUGUUGCUUAUAGAUUUGAACCAUUAGUUGCUAAGGAUUAUAGUCGAAUAAAACCUGUUGGAAUUCAAGCUUAUGGAGUUAAAACUGAUUAUUCCAACAUACCUAUAGAAACAAUAGGUGAUAAUGCUGAUUCGCCUAUUGAUGAUACCAAUUCAAUGGAUUCUAAAGUACCUGAUAGUAAAAGAGGAAAUGAAACUUUCAAGAAAUUUGGAAUUUGGUUUAGUCGAUCUGGAAAUAUUGAAAGUAAAACCAAUUUAAACCUACUGGAUAAUGGUUCUUGUUUAUCCUCCAAAGAUAGUUCUCCUAUUGAAUCUUUAAAUCAUAGAUUGGAUUAUAUUUUGAGGGAUAGUAUAGGAGGGUCAGCUAGUAAUUAUCUUUCAAUGUUAUAUACACAUACAUCAUAUUGGUCAAACUAUGAUGUAGCGUAUUUCAUUUAUACACAGUUAUUUCCAGAGUCAGAAAAGAUUUUAGAAGAUUCUCCAGAAUCACUUAACAUGACUGUAAACUUCGAAAAAUUGUCUGAACCUGAACAAGGUGAAGAUGUACUUAAGACAAACUUAAGCUGAAAUGAAACAACCUAUGGAACUAAUAUAUUUUAUUAUUCUAUGAUUUUUAAUUUGGUUGAAGUAUAAAUAUGUAAAUUGAGUUAAAUUUAAAAUGGUAUUUUUAAAUAAAAAUAUUUUUCCUGAUUUUAAAAAAUACUUAACUUUUUAUACCAAUUAAAAGGAACCAAAAUUAAGUAUAAUGUUACCAAAUACUACAGGGUAAACCAAAUCUUUAAAAAAAUUAAAUUAUUCGUUGAUGUAUGUUUUUUUAAUUUUAAAAAGUUUAAAAAUUAAGUAAUAAUUUAUUAAUUUUAUUAAAAAAAUUUGUUUACUUAGUUUUGAAUUUAUGAAGAGAUUUCUAGUUCAUACAUAAUUAAAUUAAGUUUGUUGAUAGAAAAUAAUAACUCAAUCUGUUGUGAUAUUAAAUUUUAAAAAGUUAUCAAAUUUUUAUUUAAAGUUAUAUAAAUUUUAGAGUAUAGUCAUAUUAGUGUUUAAGUUUAUACACAAGUUAUAUUUAUUUUUUCAUUAUGCAUGAU